AAAACGAAGGCCGACGAGUCAAACCCUAACUUCAUUCAUCGUCUCCAAACCAUUGACGUUCAUCUACUAAUCGAGGUCCACAGGAACCUACAGAUCGGCGGCGAUGUCGACGUCCGGACAACCUCAAUUCAGAUAUACGCAAACGCCGUCAAAGGUUCUACACCUUCGGAAUCUCCCAUGGGAGUGCAUCGAUGAAGAGCUCGUUGAACUCUGCAAACCGUUCGGCAAGAUCGUUAACACUAAGUGCAAUGUGGGCGCCAAUCGGAACCAGGCAUUCGUGGAGUUUGUAGACCUUAAUCAAGCUAUUAAUAUGGUUACAUAUUAUGCUUCAUCCUCAGAGCCAGCACAGGUUCGUGGCAAAAGUGUGUAUAUACAGUACUCCAAUAGACACGAAAUUGUUAACAACAAGGGCCCAGGGGAUGUUCCAGGAAAUGUCUUGCUUGUAACCAUCGAGGGUGUAGAAGCUGGUGAAGUGAGCAUUGAUGUUAUUCACUUGGUCUUCUCGGCUUUUGGAUUUGUGCACAAGAUUGCUACGUUUGAGAAGGCUGCAGGCUUUCAGGCAUUGAUCCAAUUUACUGAUGCGGAGACUGCUUCGUCAGCAAAAGAAGCUUUGGAUGGAAGAAGUAUCCCAAGGUACUUGCUGCCUGAGCAUGUUGGUUCGUGCCACUUACGCAUCUCAUACUCUGCCCACACAGAUCUGAAUAUUAAAUUUCAAUCUCAUCGGAGCAGAGACUACACGAACCCUUAUCUUCCUGUAAAUCCUACUGCAAUUGAAGGAUUUGCACAGCCUAUUGUUGGCCCAGAUGGUAAGAAAAAAGAACCUGAGAGUAAUGUUCUUCUUGCAUCGAUUGAGAAUAUGAUAUAUGCAGUCACAGUGGAUGUUAUUCACACGGUGUUCUCCGCAUUUGGUCCCAUUCAAAAGAUUGCAAUAUUCGAGAAGAAUGGUGGAACACAGGCACUAGUGCAGUAUCAUGAUGUGACGACUGCAGCAGUUGCCAAAGAUGCUUUAGAGGGACACUGCAUAUAUGAUGGUGGCUAUUGUAAGCUUCAUCUAUCAUACUCUCGUCAUACUGAUCUCAAUGUAAAGGCAUUCAGUGACAAGAGUAGAGACUACACAGUCCCGGAAUCAGCGCUGCUUGCAAUGCAACAUGCGUCUGGCCAGCCAGCUGGUGCACCGGUUUGGCCAACAUCUCAGGCCAGUCAAAUGUAUUCUGGAGGCGAGUAUGCAGCCGGUGGUUCAGGACAGGCUCAACCACCCAAUCCGCCAGGUCAACCCCCGUCGUGGGACCCAAAUACGCAAGGUGCCAGAACAGGCUUUGUUUCAGCUGCGGCCACUUUUUAUGGCGGAUCACCCCCAGGCCCGUCGCCUUAUUCCACUACAGGCGGCGGACCUCCUUUAGCAGGUGGUGGACAACCAACAAACAUGCGACCUGGAGAUGCUUCAUCACCUGUUCAGCCGCCAUACUACAGCCGGUGAAUCAUUCUAUCAACUCGCCAAAAACCUUGCUGGUUUUGUGUACCGGUUCCUGAACUUUUCAAGUUUUCCGUUACUUUCUUUGAUGUAAUAUCUCGAUUUAAGUUUUUAAGAAUGCAGGUAGAGUAUGUUCUUUUGGUAAACCUCUGAGGAUGAUUAGAGACUCAGUCUAUUCGUUUUUCGCCGGUGGGGUGUGAAAGCCGAUAUCUCAAAAAUUUCCGUGUUUUUUAUUUGUCAAUUUUUUUUUGUUUAUGUUAUGACACUUAACGGACGAAAUUUGGUGUCUGUGUGUAUACAUUUUCCAUCUUAAACGA